UCAGAUAAUUUUACCAAAUGGGAAAUCCUCUUCCAAAAUCCUCUCUUCCAAGCCCGUUCUCGCGCUCUCGCCCCUCGCCGCCCUCCGCCGGCGCCGGCGCCGAAGACGUCGUGAGUCAUAACUAGUCUACGUUGACACUGCCGUCCAUCUCCGCAGCCUCCGUCGUUCGCCGGUGUUGCUCAAUAUUCUAGCAGGGCUGUGAGGAAAUGGGAGGAAGUUCCUGUUUUCAUGUGGAUGGAAUGAUGCUUUUGAAGCAGUUGGAGGUUAUUUUAGAACGUGAUACUCUCAUUAAUGAAAUAGGGUUUGUACACCCUUCCCAGCUCGCAACAUUGGAUAGAAGUCCAGAUGCAACACAUUAUGAUGAAACGGCAUUUUGGAAUAAGGAUCAUAAGUUGGCAAUCUCAACUGAGAUUCUGCCACAUCUUUAUAGGGCUGUUAUGCACGAGUAUAUGAAUGUGAAAAAAAGACUUGAAGGGCUGAUCAAGCAAUCAAUUGGGAAAUAUUCCUUGGAGAGUCCGACUUUUGGAUCUGAUUUAGAUCACCUGCUUGAAAGUGAGAUCCUAAAGCAUACAAUGGCUCUUUUAAUUUUAAACUCUGACUUUGGCAGUGCGUGGAAUUCCAGGAAGAUGGUCAUUGUAAGGAAAGUUCAACUUUCAUUACUUAUGGAUGAGCUUCGUCUAUGCACACUCAUUCUUUCAUAUUCUCCCAAAAGCCAGUGUACUUGGAGCCAUAGGCGUUGGGUGAUUGAAAUUAUUGGUGAAAAGUUCCAAAUUAUGCACGAGAUAGUGGGACAAGACUCUGAACUUGUGAAGCAAAUAGCUGAGAAAUCAAAAAUGAAUUAUCGGGCAUGGAGUCAUCUUUGCUGGUUGAUUCCUUACAUGAAAAGGACACAGGUGAUUGAUGAGCUGAAUAAAUCAAAAAAAUGGUCUGAGUUGCAUACUGCUGACAACUGCUGCUUUCACUUUCGUAGGCGGUUAUUGUUUAAAAUGCUUGAGGAUAUUUCUGCAUGGGAAGAUGAUGAAUCUUGUAUUAAUCAGAAGACUGAAAUUUAUUUUCUAUGGAAGGAGGAGCUUGGGUGGAAUGAAUCACUAAUAAGACGAUAUAUUGGAAGAGAGGCACUGUGGCUUCAUCGUCGAUUCCUCUCUCAAUGUUACAUAAAUUAUUUUACCAUUGACCAAGAAACCCGUAAUUCCAAUGGAGAAGAUUUCCAUGGUGGUCACUCUACCUUGGAUGAUUUUCUAGACAAAGAGCUAGAACUCCUCCUCCAUUCACUGGACGUUACGGACAAUGAAUUUGAGGACACUCAAGUUCAAGCUCAGCAUGCUACAGCUUAUAUCAUCUGGAUAUCAAAGCAAGUUCCUCCGCACACACACGAAAAGCUUCAAAGUAGGUUGCAAGAGAUGGAUCUAAAGCCCAUUAUGAUAAAACUAUGUGCUGAUAAACCUCAUCUUUGCGUAAGUCCACUUCUACAAUAAUAAUGUUUAGUUAUCAUUUUUGCUCCAUCGAAAAUCAGAAAUAAUGUUUUAUGUUUUGUGGUUUGAAUUCAUGAAAGAUUCAGUGCAUCAGUGCCCACAUUUUCUUAUCGUAUUC